AUGCAGCUACUAGCGAGCGUAUGUGCGCUGCUGUUCAUGUGGGAUCGUGUACUCGGUGAAAAUGCCUUUAUCGAUAGUGCCCCAGAAGGAUACUACGAGCGCAAAUCGUUAGUUGAUUGCCCCAGUCGGUUCUACAGUGAAGAUGUAUCCAGCGCUCUAGGGUUCUUCAUUUUUGGAGGUCGUCGAGCUUUUCUGAAGGAGUUCCCUCACAUGGCAGCGAUCGGUUGGACGGACAAGAAAGCAUCGCCCCCGGAGGUAGUGUACAAAUGUGGUGGUUCGUUGAUUGCUCCAAAGCAUGUUCUAACAGCAGCACAUUGCAAAAUGGAUGAUGAUAAAAUUCCACCCGAUACGGUACGACUUGGUGAUACGAAUUUGGCCACCGUGGAAGACGACGAUACUGCACAGCAAUUUAACAUCGUUAGCUUUACCGUGCAUGAGAAGUUUAAGAAGUAUCGCAAGUACUACGACAUCGCGCUGAUCGAGCUUGAUCGGGAGGUUAGCUUUAACACCGCCGUAUGUCCAAUUUGUCUGUGGCCUCUGGAUAAUCUGAACGAGUACAGUGCAAGUUUGCGAGCAGUUGGAUUUGGAUAUACGACCUACACAUCCGGUAUGAGUCCAACGUUGCAGAAAGUGUCACUGAAUCACUACGAUUCCGACUCCUGUAACAAUGAGUUACCGAAGGAUGCUCGGUUACGGUACGGUCUGACUUCCGAUCAGUUCUGCACCAAAACUCCCCACAAGGAUGCCUGUCUGGGAGAUUCCGGUGGACCGCUGCAGAUCGACCUGUCCGAUGUGACCCGUACGAUCCCAUACCUUACGGGCGUUGUAUCGUUCGGGACGGGAUGCUGGGAUGGGUCGCUGGGUGUGUAUACGAAGGUAUCGAGCUACAUCGAUUGGAUUCGUGAGCGAGUGAACGUGACGACCGACCCGAUUGAGUGUGCCAGAAACACGGAGUGUCUACCGGCGCGACCGUUUUCCGACAGUCGACUAAGUCCGCAAAACAAUUCGCCAUUCUUUAAGGUUAAUCUUCGCAAAACUGAUAAAAGUUCCUUUCAUCAAUGCACCGGAGCGCUAAUCGAUUACCGGCAUGUUAUAACGUCGGCCACCUGCGCGAUACGCAACAACCGGCAGCCAUCGUUUAUCGAGGCAAACAACGAGCUGGUAGAAAUAGUCGACAUUGUUGUGCAUCCGAAGUUUGUGGCCGGUAAAAACUAUCACAACCUGGCGGUGCUUACGCUGGGGAAGUUUUACAACCCGAACAAAAUCUACCAAAUUAUUGCACCGGGUUGCAUCUGGAAGGAGGACCGCAUUACCGAUCCGAUCGUGUUCUUUUCCGGCUACGGUCCGGAGGUAAAGAACCAGCCGGAAGAUGUUGCGAAGAAUGUGUCCCUGAAGGUGCUGGUGGCGCUGGUCACCGAAAAUGGACGCUGUGAGGCAAACGAUGCGUGGAAGGUAAACAGCACGCUGUGGAGCGGUUUCAACAGUGACUUUCUUUGCACGUACAAUCCGAUCGAUCUCGUGCCGGGGAUCUGUAAGCUUGAACCUGGCGGUGCCGUAUCAAACUUCCGCCGUGACAAUAUCGUACCGUAUGUGUACGCUAUCAACACAAUGGAUGAAGAAGAAUGUGGCGGAGCUCAGAAUCUGUUCGUUGCGACACGACUUGCACCGUUCUACGACUGGAUAGAGUCCAUUAUUUUGAAACAUUUGCCCGAAAACGAUCCCCUUCUGACGUCUAUUCGUUUCGGUGCAGACGACGGUGAUGAGAGUCCUAGCAGUAUGAACAGUUCUACCUUGAGCAAUAUCCAACAGUUCAUACAUCAAAAUCGCAUAGUACCGGUUCUUCUUACAGACGUUAUAACAAAUCACCUAAAACCCUACGGCAGCGACUUGAUGACUAACAGACCUUUGACGACCAAAGUGAAUGUUUAUCAUCAAUCAUUGAACAAUACGCCUGAAACGUACGAAGUGUACGGACCUCAUUUUAGUCAUUCCCAGAAGCUUGUGCAACCAUUCCGGCCAGCGCCUUACAAGCAACCAGUAAUUCAUGUACCACCAAAUACAAUCCACCAUAAUGACAUACACAUCGAACUGGUCCCUUCCGUGGAAUUGCCGUCGACACAUCACAUUGUCCAUGGACAGGCAAACAAUCUUCCCGGCGCGUACUCACCGUACGCCGGACACCAGCCAUUCCAAACACCAGCACCGUACGGGCAUAUUCCUCCGCAACGGACUGUUUAUCAACGCAAUAGUUCACCUACGACCCUGGUCGAUCACAACCAGCUCGUAUCGGUUAUUCGUUCGAUCGAACUGUACGAGAACGCACUGUGUACUCUGCCGACCGGGGCUACCGGCAAGUGUCUGCACUAUACGCGCUGUCCUUCGAUGUACUGGAAUAGCCAAACUGUCGACGUAUUUCUACGCCUAAACUUGAUUCCUUUCUGCAAUCGCGAGCGGCAAACAGUCUGCUGUCAGGUAUGA